UGAGAUUGGUAUCUAAUGAUUCCGUAUUCAUCUAAUAAAUUUAUUUGCGUUACAAUUCUUAUAAAGAUUUUUCUUACUAUUGUGUACUUGAAGGUACAUGGAAAAGACAGAAAACAAGUAAGCUCAGAAUCAGUGUCAGGAAGAGCAAACAUUACCAUUGGUGAAGCCCUUGAAGCCACUGUUGUCACAGCUGGAAGCAGGCCGGUUGAUUACAGUGACGCGGCAGCCAUACAGGCAGCAGAAGUGAGAGCCACUGGACGUACCAACAUCAUCCCUGGUGGAGUUGCUGCUGCUGCUCAAUCAGCAGCUACUCGAAAUGCUAGACUUACCAAAGAGGAGGAAAAAACUAAACUGGCUGAAAUACUCGCGGAAGCAAGUUCAAAGCUACCGUCAGAUAAGCCAGUGACACGUAAAGAUGCAGAGGGAGUGAUUGGUGCAGAACUGAGGAAUGAUCCAAACUUGUGCACCCGUCCUGGUGGCGUUGCUGCUUCUAUUGCUGCUGCUGCAAGGCUCAACCAAACUAACAGUACUUCAAGCACAAAGAAUGACGAUAACAUUCUCAAACAAAAACUAAACUAGGAUGAGAGUAAACUACUGUUAUAUCUAAUCCUUCAAACCUGUCCUGUCUCUCAGUUCCGCGUCUUUAAAUCUUUCUUUUCUUGUUUUUCUUUUUAUCUUUUGAAGACAUUAACACAAUUUUUUGUCCUUCCCCAUACUAUCUUUUGCGCGAGGGAUUGUUACCAGCCUUAACUAUUGAGGCUUAGCUUAAUUGGAGUAGGUAUCUGUAGUGAAUAAUACUCAGAACCUGUGUAGUGAGUUUCUUUUCACUUCCCAGCUUUAUGCAAGGGUUCAAGAGUAUUGCAAGAAUAUGUACCUUUUCAUUACUGACUCUUGUGCAUAUUCAAGAAGUUAGAGAUGCUGUUCCAUUAAGAUGACAAAAAUGUAUGCUUUACAUUGUACAUGAGUAAUUUCUUGAAUUUGCUUCAAUCUAGUUCCAAGCAUUUGCAGUA